AAUAAAGUGACAUUAUAUCUUAAAUAUAAACAGUAAUUCAAUGAUACUGCUAUAUUAGAUACUCAGAAUAAUGGUCGGGGAAGUGCUGUUAAAACCCUGGGCGGAAAUAUGUGCAAUUUAGAUCCAUGUCAAGAGAUUGGUAUAUAUCUAAUUGAAAAAACGGAUAGCCUAAAACGUUGUAAAUAUUUAUAUUACAAAAUAAACCCAGAAGCUAAAUAUAACAAUCAUUUUUAAUCGUUUGAGUGAUAUAAAAAGUCUUCGUCCCAAACAGAAAAUAUAUGCAUACGAGAAAUAAAAUAAAUUCCUAAAGAAAUAUUAAGUAAGCUUGAACAACUAUAUGGUCAUUAUGAUGAUUUUCACAAUUAUGAUGGUAACACAGAUAUAUCUAGUGGUAGCCCUUGUAAUAAAAUUGAUGAAUGCUACAAUCUUUAUAUUCAAUAUUACAAGGAAUGUCAAAGAAAUUAUAACGACACUUUUCGUGAAAAGUUAAUCAGUUUAAAGGAAGCAUAUAAGAUAACUCCUUGUUCGGGACCACCUACAGAAAUGGUUUAUGUAUUUGUUCCCAGAAUACAAAAUUAUUGCAUUACUAGCAACAAUGACUUUACAUUUUUUAUAUAAGGUAAAUAAAAAUAUACAUAAAAGCUUGAAUAUUUUAUAACAAAUAAUACUAUUAAUUUUACUAAAUAAUUAAAAGCCUCCCAAAGUUAUAUUUUUAAGUAUAUAUAUAUAUAUAUAUAUAUAUCUUUCAUACGGUUUACAACAGUGAAAUCAUGGUUACAUAGUAAUUCAGAAAGGAAAAAAAUCAUUGAACUUGAUGAAGUUAUAAAAGAAAUAACACACUCGUUACAAAACACACAAGAACGUGUAAAUAUAAAUUAUGAAGGAAGUUUUUAUAAUAUAGGAUACCAUUCUCAAGGA